AUGGCCGUGAAGCUGGACAUGUCCAAAGCAUACGACAGAGUUGAAUGGAGCUUCUUGGAUGCAAUGAUGGCAAAACUGGGAUUCCACUAUAAAUGGAGAAACUGGAUCAUGGAAUGCUUAAGAACAGUAACAUACUCUUUCUCUAUAAAUGGAGAAGUUAAAGAAUAUGUCACUCCAGGAAGAGGCAUUAGACAAGGGGAUCCCCUAUCCCCCUAUCCAUUCCUCCUCUGUUCAGAAGGGUUCUCAAAUCUCCUCAGACGAGCUGCAGAAAGCAAGAAGAUUUCAGGGAUGAGAAUUUGCAGACGGGGACCAAGCAUUACGCACUUAUUCUUUGCAGAUGAUUCACUAAUCUUCUGCAAAGCAAACCAGCAACAAGCAACAGAGCUUAUGAGGGUGCUGCAAGUGUAUGCCACUGGAUCAGGUCAACUGAUAAAUCUCGACAAGUCCUCCAUCCUGUUCAGCAAAAAUGUGAGUCCAGUAGAGAAGCAAGAGAUCUGCCAGAUCAUGGGGAACAUGCAACAUGUCAGUCAAGGCAAGUACCUGGGCCUGCCAAUGGUGGUCACAAGAACAAAGGAACAGAUUUUUGGCUUCAUACGAACUAACAUACAACAAAGGCUCCUCAAGUGGCAGAACAGACUUCUUAGUGCAGCUGGAAAGGAGAUAAUGCUCAAGUCGGUGUCCAUGGCUAUGCCCACAUAUACCAUGUCGUGCUUCAAAAAGCUCACUCAAGUCAAGGAAAAGGGCGGCUUGGGAUUCAAGGAGCUGGAAGCUUUCAAUACUGCAUUGCUAGGCAAACAGGUGUGGAGGAUACUUACACAACCAAAUCUCCUAGUCAGUCAAGUACUAAAGGCCAAAUAUUUCCCCAUGAGCUCCAUAUUCAAGUGCAAAGUUCCAAACAAUGCAUCUUGGAUGUGGAGGGGUCUGAUGGAAGCAAGGGAAUUAGUGGAACAAGGAGUUAGAAGGAGAAUAGGCAAUGGAAGGAGUACACAAAUUUGGAAUGACAAAUGGAUUCCAGACGCAACCAAUGGGAGGGUGACAACCAAGAGACAAUUGGAUAGCAGUCCUCACAAGGUGGACGAACUGAUAAUUCAGAAAAGAUGGAAUAGGAUCUUGGUAUUCCAGCUUUUUAAUGAAGUGGAUGCAGAAUGA